GGCGGCGAUGGGGGCAUUCAUAUGGAAGGCUGGCGGGAGGACCUGUUGCUCGGGCACUAUGUUGUGCUUCUUGCCUUCGGCGGCCAGUCUUCUUUCCGCCUCAUCACCGUGGCGCUCGCCCUUGCCGUCCUUCUUGUACGCAUAGUCUACACUGAUAGCCUUGCUCAAGAGAUAUUGCCCGUUCAUGUUCGCCAGCGCGGCGUCGGAGGCCUCGAACGAGUCAAAGCUGACGAAACCAUACCCCUUGGAGAUGUUGUUGUCGUCGCGCACAAUGUUGGGCUGGCGGAGGAUCUGACCGAAGGUGCUGAAGGUGUCGUAGAGGAUCUUUUCGUCGACUUGGGGGUCGAGGUUGUUGAUAAAGAGCUCGGCGCCAAUGUCGACCGUCUUUUGCUUGUCGGCGGACGCCUUGUUGACGCGGAGGGGCUUGCCGUGAACACGGAUGCCAUUGAGACACUUGGCGGCGUACUCGGCGGAUUCGGGGGUGUCGAACUCGAUGAAGCCGUAGCCUUGGUGGUUGCGGGUGACGCGGUCGAGGGGCAUGUGGACCUGGCGGACGGGGCCGACUUGGGUCAUGAGCUCUGUGAGGAGCUCUUGGGUAAAGCGCUCGUCUAUGUUGCCGACGUAGACGGUGGCAUCUUUGUUUUGCUCCCUAAAAAGGAAUAAUUUAGUCAUGUUGAAUCUCCUGAUGAUCGACAUGGUGGAAAUGUUUGCUUGCUAUAUCUGUGGGAAAUGUUAUGUGUUCGUGGGAAGACAUACCAGUGUUUUGACAUUUUGGGAUUAUCUACACCUGUCGUGGAGAAAGGGGGCUUGCUGGAUGACAACUGGGUGGUGGUUUCGUCAAUUGUAAAAAGACGCCUCUCGCAGCUACCUUUCCACCAAAGAAGCGCGGUGCGUUGAGAAGUCGCGAGUUUUCUGGAGAAGGUGGGUGGGUCCGGCGGUUGACUUGCAGGGGUCAGCUUGCAGGGCGACAUGGGUCAGCCGCGCCAAGCUUUGUCCAGGAAGUGACCGCCCAAAAACCGAUUCUGCCACUGGAACAUCAUCAUUGAUUGAGAGACUGCUCCAUCUUGCAACCCCACGACGACCACAUACCCCAGAUUCCCACAUCAGGACAAUCACAAACCGCCAAAAUGUUCCGUCUUUCAGAGGAGUCCAAGGAGCGCAUUGGCAAGCUCAUUGAGAUCUCGCGCGUUGCCCUUCACUAUGGCUAUCUCCCCUUCAUCCUCUAUCUUGGCUACACCCGCAGCGACCCUCGGCCAUCCAUGGUCCGCAUCUAA